GAAGCAGUCCAGGGAAGGAGACGUGAGGGCAGAAGAGGGGAAGAAGCUGAGAACUGCUGGGUUGAGGGUCCUUGAACUGGACCCCGGAGUAGAGGGUGGGCUUGGGUUCCCCUACCAGCUACUGGAGGAGUGGCACCUGAGCCAGUGAAUGGGAAGCCUGCCUAGGACUGCUGAAGGAAAGCCUUUGAUAUACCCUGGAAGGGGGGGACACUGAGUGACCUGGCUGGAAGCUCAUGAAGAGGGUGUAGCGGUUCCUGGAAUGAAAGAGGGGCUGCAGACCAGAGAGAGACGGAGUGGCAGCAUGCAACAGUGGGAAUGAGCGUCGAUCUGAUGAGCUAAUCCCCAGAGCAGCCAGGAGGAGGCACCAGACUAGUGGUGAGUUGUGCGCCCCAUCACAGACACCCUUACUGACAACAGCCAGACCAGGGAUAAACAGGACAUUGCUUCCCCCGUGUGCAACCUCGUUCUGCUGCCCUUGCUUCUGGGUUUCUGAAGUGCCCAGCCAAUAAUAAUCCAGCUCAGGAAUGUUAGUUGGCAUUGAACUGCUAAAUAAAAGAUUUUGUUUUCCACUGCUAUCAGUGUAAGGCUUGCUGCUGCUGCAAAACGUUAUAGUUUUCCGUCCACAAAUUAGUAAACUUUCCUUUGAGUUGAUGACUGUGAAUAUUCAGUAUCAGUUCCUUGCUGUGGGAAAACCAUACUGCAGAGGGUUGAACUGAAAUAAUGGAUUCGGUAGGAGGCACCAGAAAAACAUCUGUCACUAAAAAGGAAGCUUCAUGAUGAAACAUACCAGUCGGUCUGGAGGAACAGGCGGAGGUUUGCACAUUGUGCCUUUUGUCUUCAGAAGUGGUGAUAAAAGGAUCUUUGGACUUGUGCCCUGAACAAUAAGCAGCAUCAAGUGGAACAGAAUCUGCGUCUAUUAAAAGUACUCCAUCGUAUUCAGAUAAGCUAAUCUGUGCUGAACCAAAGCUUUCCUUGUGGAGUUAGUUAAUUGUACAGUGAGCUACAAAGAAGCAGUAACUACUUAUCAGGAUGAACUGCAACACCACCAACAGCACAGUGCAAGAAAAUCUUAACCUUUUACAACUGAUUAUUUACAUCCCACUUGUCUUUUUUGGAGUUAUAUUUAAUAUCAUUGCCUUCUGGGUAUUCUGCUGCAAGCUGAAAAAAUGGACAGAAACCAGAGUGUACAUGAUCAACUUGGUCAUUGCAGACUGUUUUCUCGUCUUCACCUUGCCUUUCAUUGUGCAUUUUCACAGGACUGGACAUCCCAUAGAUAAACUGUGCUAUGUCAUACAGACUAUAUAUUUUACAAACAUGCCCGUAAGCAUCUAUAUCAUCAUCCUUAUAGCCGUCGACCGAUUCAUUGCUAUAAAGUACCCCCUGAAAGCAAAGAAUUUCAGGUCCCCAUUGAAGGCAGCUGUUAGCUGCGGACUUCUUUGGAUAAUAAUAAUCAUUUAUGCAUACUUCAACCCACGAUUUACUGAGAAAAGUGCAGAAACUUGCUUUCGGAAAAUUCCUGAUGACCCUGUAGAAACUAUUCUAUUGUCAAGUAUUUUGGGUUUUUUUAUACCACUAGUAAUACUGAGUUUUUGUUCUAUUCAAGUCAUCCGAUGUCUGAAGAUGAAGAACAACAUGAGUCCACCUGAGGAAACAUCAAUCCAGAAGGCUCUCUGGAUUGUUUCUAUGAACCUGAGUGUAUUUAUCAUAUGUUUUUUACCUUUUAACAUCGGGCUACUUGUUAGGUAUGCAAUGGACGCAACUGGAGCUGCCUGCUCUUUACGCCACAAUGCAAGCCUUUUUAUUCGUGUGGCUGCAUGGGUAGCAAAUUCUAACUGCUGCUUGGAUGCGCUUUGUUAUUACUUUGUAGCCAAGGAAUUUCAGGAAGCUUCCUCUCUGUUACCCCCUUUUAAAUCUCUGAAGUCUAGAUCAAAUCAAAGCCAAAUCACAACCACAAAUGCGCUAAGUGAUCACAAAGAAAUGUGUGAUACAAGGGUGGAUCCACGGCACAUAUAGAUUGUCAUAGCUCCAUUGACUUGCCAUAAAGUCUCUUAUUAUCGUGGGUAAUAGCCACAAAAACUUCGUCAAAGUGUACCUGAUUCUGAUCUCACUUAUACUCGUCUUACAGCAUUCUGACUCCAGCAUUCUAACUGAGAUUCCAAUCAGGAUCAAUGUCUCUCUUUGAUGCUAUGCAUAUGCGUAUUUUAUUACUGACAUGCUUUCGUUUGCAUAUACAGCAUUAACCAGCUAACUACAGGAGGCUCUCUCGCAUCAGUACAAGGGUCAAUUAGUUUCUUGUACUGCUGUGAACAUGUCUGUAAUAAAACCAAUGCAGUAUCAGAAUGUAAAUACUGAGAUGUGUAUCUUUCACAUUAUAUUGGGUUUGCAUAAUUUACAAUAUGCUAUUUUCCUUCCUGUUGCUCUCAGCCAAACAGUAUACAUUUGAAAAAUGAAGCUGCUAUCGGAAUUUAGCUGAUCUCAAUUAGCAGAAUUAUCACCAACACUAGCCAACUACUGGUGUAAGCCCCCCCUUCCUCCCUGGGUGACUCGGGAGCAGGCAACACUCACCUGUAUGCCUGAUGUUGUUGACAUUAAAGGAGAUCCUGAGUAGCCCAGUGGUGAUGUUGGAUAGGUGGGAAUCCUCUAUCCGCCUCUCUGCUGCAGUCCCUUUACGCCUAAAGAAAUUUAAAUUUGGCAGUGCCUCCACAUACUGGCCCCUGUACACACUCAAUGGCGUGCCUUGGGAACCUCCAGGAAUAAACCUAUUCUAAUAAUAAUGUGCCAUGUGCCUAAGUCAAAGCCCCUACAGGCUCUCAGCAGCACCUCCUGGCUUCCUAGCAGCAGCUCCUGGUAUGGACAGAGCUCCACACCACCAAUCUCACUCCUUUUCCCAAAAUGGAGUCCCGCGCCUCUCUCCCUGUACUCCUUGGAAGAGGAAGUGUCUCACUCUUUCCCCAAGGCAUCUUGGGAGUUGUGGUCUCUAAGGCUAAAUUGCAGCACACAGGAUCUUCCCAACUGGGACAAUCCCAACAAAGUUCAGAGGUCCGUCUAGUAAAGGGGCCUACGCUGGUGAUAUAAAAACAAGGCUCAAUUUCUGUGAAAGUUUUGUGUUAAUCUGGUGCAUUGUUACAAUUAUGGAGGUUUUUCUCCUGUUUGUAAUAAUAAUUAAAGGGUCUAAUAUUCUACGAAAUGAGGGAGAUGUACAAAGUAUUGUGUGUUGUGUGACAUGGAAAAUUAUAUGAAGUGAAAUAGCAAUAAAAUGUGAAGAAAUGAGCCUA